CCCCCGGGUGAAGAUGUCUGCCUCGGGUACAGGCUGCGGACCCGCCUCGGGACCCGGGUCCGGGGCUUCGAACCCCCGAAAGUUUAGCGAGAAGAUAGCGCUGCACACCCAGCGACAGGCUGAGGAAACGGCCGCCUUUCAGGAGGUCAUGAUGGACAUCACCUCCACCAGGCUGCAGGCCCAGAAGCUGCGUCUGGCCCGGACUCAGGGACCGUACUACGGAGGCUCACUGCCCAACGUCAACCAGAUCGGCAGGAUCCCUCAGGACUUCCAGGGCUCCUUCCCCUCCUCGCUGGAGUCCACUCGCUCCACCCGACACCACGGUCUGGUGGAGCGAGUGCAGAGGGAUCGCCGCUUCAUCUCACCGGUGCGACCGUACCGCAACCGACAGGUGGACAACUCGCCGUAUAACUCCGCAUAUCUGUCCCCGCCUCCGGACCCCAGCUGGAGAAGGAAUUGGUCCGGAAACUUCCCCGGGGAUAAAAGCCAGUUGUUUCGUCUCCCCGUCACUGCACUCAACAGGACUAACUCUGACUCGGCACUCCACACCAGCGUGAUGAACCCCCCCCCGGGAGACCCCUUCUCCACAGGGGGCCACCCCCUCACCCCCCAGAACAGCAGACGCUCAGGGCAGAGUGAUGGAGAGGGCAGAAGAAUGUUUCCGUACCCGGUGCCCCCCAUCGAAGAGAACAUGUUGGAUGAGGGGAAACUGCUCAAACCCUGGGACACCAAGAAGUUGCCUCUGUUGUCGUCCCGGCCCAAAUCUUGUGAAGUCCCUGGCAUCAACAUCUUCACGUCUCCGGAGCAGCCGUCCACUCCGGCUCACGGCGUUCCGUCAGCGCUGAACACCGGCGGCUCGCUGCCCGACCUUUCCAGCCUUCACUUCCCGUCGCCGCUGCCCACGCCGCUGGACCAGGACGAGCCCUGCUACCCAGGAUGCACCUCUCUGAGCGGGGGCAGCAGCACGGGGAACCUGGCCUCCACCCUCACUCAGCUGGGCAUCAACGCCGCCAACGCUCAGGGCGGCAACGCCAACUUCCACCACCACACGCCAGGUCUGCUGGCGUCCCUGCAGAACACGCUCGGCAACCCCUCCCUGCAGUCGUCUCUAAGCAACCCCAACAUCCAGUCGUCGCUCAGCAACCACUCCUUCUCCAACUCUCUGAGCUCCGCCUCCCUGCACUCGUCGCUAAGCAAUCCCUCUCUGCAGUCCUCGCUGAGCUCCUCCCCCUCGCUGCAGUCCUCCCUCAGCAGCCAAUCGCUGCACUCCUCCCUCAGUAGCUCCUCCCUGCAGUCCGUGUCCAGCGGUAACCCCGGAUACGGCGGUGGCGGCUCCUCCUCCUUCUCACCAUCCCUAAGCACCUCCCCACGGAGACGGGCGCAGCUCUCCCCCCUCAUCCUGCCCAUGGGGGGGGAGUCCCGGAGGCAUCACUCCAAACAGUUCUCCCCCACCAUCUCCCCCACGCUGUCCUCCAUCACACAGGGCGUCCCUCUGGACACCAGCAAACUUCCUCUGGACCAGCGGCUCCCUCCCUACCCGCUCAGCCAGUCCCACCAGCACCAGCAGGGCUCCCAGCAGCCCCCUCCCAUGAGCCAGCAACAGCUGCAGCGCCUCCAGCAGCCGCGGCCCAGCGCUCAGCAGCAGCAGCUCCACCUGCAGAACCUCCGCAACUCCCACAGCCAGCACCUGCACUUCAGCUCCGAGCAGCAGCAGAGGCCGAUGGGCCAGCAGCUGACCACGGGGAACUCUCAGCUGAUAAAGAACGAGCGGCCGAUGGAUCAGUGUGUCCAGGGCUCCUCUCAGUGCCUCGUCAAACAGGAAGCGGAGCAGCGAGCCGGCGGCCCCCCCCACCUCCAGCAGAUCAGCCACUGCCUCGCCACCGACCUCUACAACGAUGCCUUGUUCAACUCUCUGCUGGACGACCCCUACCUGAGCCUGCAGCUCACGGGCAAAUCCAACCAGCAGUUUUCCGCAGAGAGCCCGGGCGACUGUCUCUCUCUGAACCACGCUCUGAGCUCCGAUAAGAACCAGUUCCCCUCCAACAGCCAGGUGCCCCUGGACCUGCAGGACAACCAGAACCAGAACUACUGCGGGGGGGACGGACGCCUCAAUGUGCCCAACAUCAUCCUCACCGGAGACUCCCCCCCGGGCCUGUCUAAAGAGAUCACCAGCGCUCUGUCUCACGUCCCAGGCUUCGAGAUGGACCCCUUCUCUCUGGAUGACCCGCUCCGGAUGGACCCUAUGGCUCUGGACAUGCUGGACGGGGAUCUGAUGCUGGCCGACCCCGCCGUGGAGGACUCCUUCAGAUCUGACCGGCUCAAGUGACACCCCCCCCCACCCCCACCUUGCGCUUGGGAGUAAAACCUCCAAGCGUCUCGGCGAGAGGACAUUUCUCUCCUGGACCUGAGAGAGGGGGAGUUUACCGUGACAAAAGCUCUCGCAGUUCUUUAAGUCCAGAUGCGCCCUCUGCUGUGUCUCCAUCCGCGUACUUCGGUUCUUCUCACACCAGCUGGUUUGUGCGUCCCAAUGCAAAGUACAGCACUGAGGACCGGGGGGCUGUAAGUGAAGCACUGUGAGGAACAGUGUACACCAUGUGACCUCUCUAUCCCAAAUCAUACUACGACUCUGUGGUCCAAAAGAAGCAGAGCCCUAAUUUGGGUCAACACGGUGGUGAGUCAGUGUUUUAGCACUUCCUGUCCCCUUGUCUGGAAGUCAAUGGUAUUUUGAAUUAUUUUUGGUGAGAUGCCUGACAUCAAGGCGUAACGUACCACUAUACUCGUGUCCGAAAGAAGCCCCGUGCAUUAUCCAGGUUAAUUCAGCAGCACGAACAAUCGCUGCUAACCAGCUAGCUGGCGGUGUGUGUGGUGUAAGACAGGUCAGGACACACACGGUGUACUGAAGGAAGUACCCGGAUUGAGACACAGCGCUUCUCUUGCGGCAUUAGCUUGUUCGACCUGCAUGUCAAGGAAAAAUGCACUCGCGUAAAUGCAAAAACAACACGCCGGCUUUAUGUAAAAAGAGCAGUCUGUAAAACCAGCAAUGCUUGUGCGGUCGUUAAGAGAAAUAUGCACCCUGAGGAUCUGUCCCACUGCUGCAGGGGGGAGGACGUGCGCUCCCAGUACUUCAGGUGAGGGGCUCGCCUCCUCUGCUUUAUCCGCCACUCCAACAGGAACUCAGCCAUGACUUAGAGGUCUGUAUAUUUUUUUAAAUAAAAGCUUUCCCUGCUCCGACAGUCACAGAGGUCCCUGAGGUUCUCCUCAGAAUAAAGAGGGUACAGCAGGUCAAAGGUGUGUUCAGUGCGUGCAAAGCCCCCGAUAUGCUGCUGCUUCUCAAGCGACUUCCUCCUUGGUGUCCCAUUAAAACCCUCGUGUCGUCCUGUGGUCACAGACGAGGCUUCCCUCAAAACGCCCGAGCUUUUCCCCCAGAGUUCCCGGAUAACACGUCAUAAUAAUAUUUGCAAAUAGACUUUGAAGGGCCUCAGAAAGAUGGAGAAAUGCGUAGAUUUUGUGAAUUUUAUCAGUAAUUUAUUUACACCUGACCUUUUUUCACUCCAUUUUGGGUGAUUUUUGGUGUAAAAAGAUGAGCAGCCCCGGUUCAAAUCAAAGGAGAAGAAGAAUAAACCCUUAUUGGUCCCACAGAGGGGAAAUGUACAUCCUGCAUCUGACGCCUCAGAGUGUUGGGAGCAGUGGGCUGAUAUGUAAGCCCGGGAGCAGGGUAGGGAGCGGUGCCUUCAAGGACAUCUCGGUAGCACUUGGUCUUUCGGGGACUUGAAUCGGUGACCUUCCAGCUUCCCGACAAGUCCCAACGGACUUCGCCAACACCGUCCUAACUCUCCGCCAAAACUACAUUUGGUUUAGAACAGGUUUGUUAUUGAUUCACACACCGUUUAACACCAUCGUUAAGCCGCAGAACAAAUAUUCCAACAAGAGAAAACUCCCACACCGACGCUGGGUGUUUAAGAACUACAUUUGAAGGGAGAAAGACACAACAAGAAAUUUACCCCGUAUACUUUCCACAGGAAUAUGACAAGAAAAGUAAAAAUCCUUAAUGGAUAUUAAAAAUGAGUCAAGAGGGAAAAAAUUAAGUCUGUUACACAGAGGACAAAGCCGCCACACUUCGGUUUCUAACUAAUCCUAUUUCAGUCCAAAGAAGACUGCAGGCCCGGCCCUGAAUCACGGCAGACCCGGCCCUGAAUCACGGCAGACCCGGCCCUGAAUCACGGCAGACCCGGCCCUGAAUCACGGCAGACCCGGCCCUGAAUCACGGCAGACCCGGCCCUGAAUCACUGCAGACCCGGCCCUGAAUCACGGCAGACCCGGCCCUGAAUCACUGCAGGCCCGGCCCUGAAUCACUGCAGGCCCGGCCCUGAAUCACGGCAGACCUGGCCCUGAAUCACGGCCGACCCGGCCCUGAAUCACUGCAGACCCGGCCCUGAAUCACGGCAGACCCAGCCCUGAAUCACGGCAGACCUGGCCCUGAAUCACGGCAGACCCGGCCCUGAAUCACGGCAGACCCGGCCCUGAAUCACGGAUCCAAAUAUCUAAAAUAAAUUGUUGAAUUUUCCUCCAGAGUCACCAAAAAGAAGCUCGUGUUUUUCAGGUUAGCCGGUGUCCGAUGUGAUCACAGGCCUUUUACACCACCGUUACAUCUUCACUUUCCUAAGCCUGCUUGUUUUUAAAGGUCCUGUAUGAUCCUCCUCUUCAUCAGUAUAUCGCAGAUCCCAGAUAUAUCCAGAGCCUGUCUCUGAUUGGCUGAAACCCCAAACAAGUCAUCCUCCAUAACCCCCCUCUGUUUCAGCCCUGUUCCUGAAGUGUGUAGCUUUGAAUGCUAAUGAGCUGCGGCUGGCCACGCCCCUCUGAGAGCUGAUUGGUUUAAGGCAGGGGUGUCCAAACUUUUUUCACCGAGGGCCACAUACAGAAAAACAUACGGAGAGCUGGGCCCCUGAUAGAGGAGAAUAUCGCCUCAUAAGUGAAGUUAUAAGUUAGCAAAACAAAUCAGAUGUAGGAGAGUAAUGCGUGAUACUUGAAAACGCUUUCAGAAAGAACAGCCUACAUCCCGUCUGUCUUCAGGGUUCAUUUGUUCUGUUGCAGCUCAUCCCUUAAAACAGGAGCCUCAGAGUGCUGAUAAUCAGAGGGAACAUGAAGGUCACAUCUCCAGCUGGUUAUAGAAAUAAAUUACUGGGUUUUUUAUCAACUCAGAUUUGUUAGAGAAUGUUUUAGAUUCUAAAUGACUGACUUUAUUUUAAAUUGGGCUCAUUAAUAUAUCUGAACAUAUAUCUGAGAAGUAAAAUAUAAGAGCAGCAGAAGUUUGAUUUGUGGGCCGUAUUCAUUAUGCUUUUAGAAUGUGCUGAGGGCCGAUUCAAUAUGGCCUGCGGGCUCAUUUGGCCCCCGGGCCGUAGUUUGGACACCCCUGGUUCAAAGAAACUCCAAGAGGAGCUCCGGGUGAUCAGGUGGGGGGGGUUUGGUUAUUGGCUAAUGGUUGCACACCCCAAACGAACAUUGUGACAUCACAGAGCGGCCAAACUGAUCAGCUGAUUUUCAGUCUGGCUUUUAUAGAGACAGAUCAGGACAGAAAGAGAAGGGGUCUUUGUCCCUGAGUCUCUGAACACUGGGGGGGGGGGGGGGGCGCAUGCUGAUGUGUUGCAUGAUAGGGGACCUUUAAAGAAAAUCUGGCCUUCUUUGUCGAACCUUGUUCUGAGAGUCGGAGGUUUGGAUGCAGAUCUGCAGCGUCAUGUUUCCCACACAUUCCCCUUCGAGCCGAGGGUCUCGCUGACGAUGCAUCGCCUGCCGUCGCCUGAAGUGCGUUUUUUAUAUAAACAUUAUGCAUUUAAAUGAUGAAGCUGAAUGUUAACUGCAUAUGUGAGCGGCUUCUCUGUUACUGAAAGAAUAUUAACGUGUACAAAGCUGCAUACCUGUCCUGUUUGAACGCUUUACCGCUGCCUUCAGCUUCUUAAAGGGCAAUCCACCAAUGUUCAUCUACUACGUUUACCACAAAGUGCCAAGAGAGACUCCCCGUGCGCACCGCUGUGAGAUCUAAAUAUACCCAAAGACUAUUUUCAUCUUCAUCGAUUAAUCUAGCGGAUAUUUUUCUGAUUGAAGUCUGAAUAGUGUCUGAAGAAGAGAUAGGUGUUUAAACGCAGCAGAAGUGAAAGACUUUUCAGAAAGACUUCCACAAACGAUGCACAUCAACAGAAUCAUAGUGUCUUCACGUCUUAAAGCUGUGAGUCAUAUAUCGCACCUCCAACAACAAAUAGAUCCAGAGGUUUCUUUACUUCCUCUCCAGAAAAAGGAGAGUAACAGAAAGGAUCAGAAAUCUCAGUCUCAGUGUCAGCCUGCUGCCUGCCACUCGUCCCCCGCAGACCCACCGGACAUCCAUCCCCUCUUUAUUCUCCGUAAACUGUCUGCCCUCUGACCAGACACCUGACCCCAUCUCCAUAUCUCUGGACUCAGUAAACCCUUUCUGACCAACAGAGAGAUUGUUUCCUGGCAGCACUUUAAACAUUUGAAGGGGAAAAUCUGCAUUUUCUAGAUUUACAACUACAAAAUCCUCCUAUUUGGAAAUCUGCAAAAUGAAAAACGCCCUCCUGAAACUUCCCACUGCUUUUUCAAUAAAAGUUCAAUAAUAUUUAAUAAUUAAGAAAUAUCCGUUAAUCACGACGUCUGAAGGACGAGCAAAUGUGACAUUUUGCCUUCUCAAAGCAGAAAAUCCAACCUUUGAUCGUUUUAGACCUAAAGUACACGAGAUGAAACGGCAGAUUGAUGGAUGAUGAAAAUAGUCUAACUGUCCGUAGAGAAAAUAAAGGAAAGACUUUUAUCCAUAGACUUCAUUCAACAAUUUUUGGUGGGAUUGCCCUUUAACCCCGGUCACUGUGAUUGACAGCCCUUAGCCCCGCCUCCGCGCGUACCUGCACUUCCUGUCCGAGCAGAGCAACAUAUUUUUAUCUAACAAAAGGUAGAAAAAAUCUAAUGAUUAUUAAUGUUAUUCUGACUAUAGAGACGUUUUAUUUUUUAAUCCAAAGUGGUCUGUCUGUAUAUAAUUCCUCAGAUAAUAUCUUUUAAACAAGAAAAUAAAUACAGUAUAUUUAAGACGAGAGAAGAAGAGGAGGAGGAGGAGCUUUGAAGAGUUUUUGAACAACAGCUUGUAUUUGUGUGUUUUAAAUAUGUCUUGUGAUAUGUUGCCCCCCCCCCCCCAUGUUUAUUUCUGAACAUUUUUGGGUUCUUUAAGUUUUUUAUUUGAGAUUUUCUUUUUUUCAAUAAAACGACUGUCCCUAUAAUUUUAUAUUUUCCAUUAAAAUCAUUCAUAAUAAAAAACUGGAA